UGAAUAAAAACAUGAACAUUGCAGAUGUUUGAUCCAGCUCCUCCGCACAAAGACCCCCCUUAGUGUACUGGAAAUUCCCCAGGAUGCACUUUCCCUGUCACAAAGGUGGUUGCCGCUGCAACACCCCGCACGUCAGCCACCUUAAUUAACCAAUCGGCGAAGAUCCUUGUACAAGGCGAAAGAGUGUGUGAGUGUGUGAGUGUGUGUGUGUGCAGCAGGGCUGAUGGAGCGAGCAGAUGGAUGCAAUCUUACAAUCCACACCGAUCCGGAUGAAUCGUUGAUUUUUCCAAGAGAGAGGUACCGAGAAAAGGUGUGCGGGCUGAAACCGCCGGAGGACGGAGAGCAGAGAAAGUGAUGCUUCAGCAGGUUGGACAGCUCCGAUCUGGAUGCAGAUUCCUUCAGGUUUUCUCCUCAUCGCACCACCAGUAAGACUUGAUUCUCCUCCAGGAUGGCAGGAAACCUGUCUGCUGAUCCUUUUCAGAAUGACUCCAUCUUCUCCCUGCUGGACUCGUCUACUCCGACCUCCCCUCCACCCUGGAAGGCUCCAACCUUCACCGUCGCAGCCCGCUGCCGCGUAGCAGCCACCAUGGUGCUGUUCGUCUUUGCCGCUGGCAGUAACCUGUCAGUCCUGAUCAGUGUGUGCUGGGGGCGGGGUUAUCGCCUGGCGGCACACCUGCGCCCGCUCAUCGCCAGCUUGGCGUCGGCCGAUCUGGUGAUGACUUUUGUGGUGAUGCCACUGGAUGCCAUUUGGAACAUUACGGUGCAGUGGUACGCUGGGGAUAUCAUGUGUAAGCUGCUGUGUUUCCUCAAGCUUUUUGCCAUGCACUCAGCGGCAUUCAUACUGGUGGUGGUGAGUCUGGAUCGAUAUCGGGCCAUCCUUCAUCCUCUGGAUUCUCUGGAUGCUGGACUCAGGAACAGGCGCAUGCUGCUGGUGGCCUGGACUCUGAGUCUGCUGCUGGCCUCUCCACAGCUGUUCAUCUUCCGGGCCAUUAAAGCUGAUGGAGUGGACUUCACUCAGUGCGUGACCCAUGGAAGUUUCCGGUAUCUCUGGCAGAAGACGGCAUACAACAUGUUUCACUUUGUGACGCUGUAUGUCUUCCCCCUGCUUGUCAUGACUUUCUGCUACACCCGCAUCCUCACCAAGAUCAAUGGGCAGAUGCGCAAGAGCAAAGAUGGCGAGCACUGCCUUCGACGCAGUGGAACAGACAUGAUACCCAAAGCCCGGAUGAAGACCCUCAAGAUGACCAUUGUGAUUGUCAGCUCAUUUGUCAUCUGUUGGACACCUUACUACCUCCUGGGGAUCUGGUACUGGUUCCAACCAGCCAUGAUCCAGCACACACCUGAGUAUGUGCAUCACAUACUGUUUGUCUUUGGCAACCUGAACACAUGCUGCGACCCGGUCAUCUACGGCUUCUUCACACCGUCUUUCCGGGCCGACCUCGCUGACGUGAUGGCGUGCUGCCGAGGCCGACGAGCCAGCAACGCUUCGCCUCGCUCCGUGGAUCGACUGUCUGCUCGUGCUGGAGCUGCUGUGGAGAUGGAGUCUGAUCUAAGCUCAAACCAGCACAGCGGGAACCCCGGUUGAACAUCGAUGAUCCGACUCUGAGGAAUUACAGCAUACCCAAAGUCCUUAAUAUAGAUGUCAGCUAAGCACAUAAUUGAAAGGUGAGCGACUUUUGAGCGGUGGAACAAGGUCUUUUAUAAGAUGUCCUCUGGUUUCGGAGCCACUACAUUACAUAAAGGCUGAUCUGUUACAGGACUUUGACAGAGGAGACUGGAGUUCAAUUCCAAUGUAUUCUAUGUUUGGUCUAUUUUACAUGAUUUCUUUCUUUUUACCGCCAUUUCGAAAUAUCCCGUGAAUGUCAGAGGAACCAUCCUUACGCUGCAAUCGUCUUCUUAUAUUCUUGUAUAUAUCCCUUUAAGAGUCUGUGUUAAGACUACCUCUAAGAGAAGACAAAGACUUGAAAUGGGAUAACUACCAUUUCCCUGCAUGAUUGUAAAAAACUACCAAGAACGGAAGUAGUUUGUAUUGUAUAGAGAGAGUUUCUUGGUCAUUACUUACCUCUGAAAUUUAUAUAUAUGGAGUUGGCCAGUAUUAAUCCCAUUGAUUGUGAUAGUGAGCAAAAAAAUCUAUGGUUAUAUAUGCAUAUAUAUGAGCAACAUAUGUGCAAUCUAUAUGUAAAAAUGUACUGAAUGUGACUGUACCAACAUUAUUAUUCCUUAAGUGCAGUGAUGUAAAGUAUCAGAGUCUCAUAUAUGCUCAAUAAAUGUCUA